GGCGACUUCCGCUCCUGCUCUCGGUCCCUGGGUGGACCCCGUACACCGGCAGGAAGCGGGCUAAGAUGGCGGCAGCAGAAGUGGCUGAUGGCGACGAUUCUCUGUACCCGAUCGCGGUUUUAAUAGACGAGUUGCGGAAUGAAGAUGUGCAGCUGCGUCUGAACAGUAUUAAGAAACUGUCAACGAUUGCUUUGGCUUUAGGAGUUGAAAGGACCAGGAGUGAGCUCCUUCCAUUCUUGACUGAUACCAUUUAUGAUGAAGAUGAAGUGCUGUUGGCCUUGGCAGAACAACUGGGAAGUUUCACUGUUCUUGUUGGGGGUCCAGAAUAUGUUCACUGUUUGUUGCCUCCCUUGGAAAGCCUUGCUACUGUAGAAGAAACUGUGGUACGAGAUAAGGCCGUUGAUUCACUGCGAGCAAUUUCCCAUGAACAUUCUCCUGCAGACCUAGAAGUCCACUUUGUGCCACUGGUCAAACGUUUGGCUUGUGGUGACUGGUUCACAUCUAGAACUUCGGCUUGUGGUCUUUUCAGUGUCUGUUACCCUCGGGUAUCCAGCACUGUAAAAACUGAACUACGCCAACAUUUCCGUAGUUUGUGCUCAGAUGAUACACCAAUGGUUCGCCGAGCUGCUGCAUCAAAACUGGGUGAAUUUGCAAAGGUUCUUGAGCUGGAGUUUUUAAAAAAUGAUAUUAUACCCCUCUUCACUUCCUUGGCUUCUGAUGAACAGGAUUCAGUAAGGUUGUUGGCAGUAGAGGCUUGUGUGAGCAUUGCUCAACUACUGCCCCAGGAAGAUCUGGAAGCUUUGGUGAUGCCUACCCUACGGCAAGCAGUAGAGGACAAAUCAUGGCGUGUUCGCUAUAUGGUGGCAGACAAAUUUUCUGAACUUCAGAAAGCAGUAGGCCCUGAAAUUACAGAAAAUGACCUAGUCCCAGCUUUCCAGAACCUGCUAAAAGACUGUGAGGCUGAAGUCCGUGCAGCCGGAGCCAACAAGGUUAAAGAUUUUUGUGAGAACCUGCCAGCAGAUUGCAGAGAGACUGUCAUAAUGAACCACAUCUUGCCAUAUGUUAAGGAACUUGUGUCUGAUACUAAUCAACAUGUCAAGUCAGCUUUGGCCUCAGUUAUUAUGGGUUUGUCCACCAUCCUAGGCAAGGACAGCACAGUUGAACACUUGCUUCCUUUGUUCUUGGCUCAACUCAAAGAUGAGUGUCCGGAAGUUCGUUUGAAUAUCAUCUCCAAUCUGGACUGUGUGAACGAAGUAAUAGGAAUUCGCCAGCUAUCACAAUCCCUUCUGCCAGCCAUUGUGGAGUUAGCAGAAGAUGCCAAGUGGAGGGUGCGUCUGGCAAUAAUAGAAUACAUGCCUCUGCUUGCAGGACAGUUGGGAGUAGAGUUUUUUGAUGAGAAGUUGAACUCCUUGUGCAUGACAUGGCUGGUGGAUCAUGUAUAUGCCAUUCGAGAGGCUGCUACAAACAACUUGACAAAACUGGUGGAGAAGUUUGGCAAGGACUGGGCAGAGUCUACUAUCGUGCCUAAAGUCCUUGCCAUGGCUAGUGAUCCCAACUACCUUCAUAGAAUGACCACACUGUUCUGCAUUAACGUUCUGUCUGAAGCCUGUGGUCAGGAUAUCACCGCAAAGCAGAUGUUGCCAACGGUUUUACAGAUGGCAGGUGAUCAGGUGGCAAAUGUUCGCUUCAAUGUGGCUAAAUCGCUGCAGAAAAUAGGACCGGUUUUAGAUGCUAACACUUUACAAAGUGAAGUCAAACCAAUUUUGGAGAAACUGAGUCAGGACCAAGAUAUGGACGUUAAGUACUUUGCGCAGGAAGCUAUAACUGUUCUUGCUUUGGCAUAGAAAGAAAAAGUGAGAUCCAAGAAGUUAUCUCUCCAAAUUUGCAGUAAGAUCCUCCUGCUGGUGCUGACGUCGUUGAAAACUUUGUGUUCCACUAUUCCUUAAAAAAAAAAACCUUGAAAAAUGUAAAUGUAUCAUUGACAGAGUCACUGAAAUUUGGCUGCAUUGGGGACUCUCAUUUCUGUGAUUUACUGCUGCCUAAAUUUAGCUUGAGUGAUCGUAAUUGUGAACUACAUUUAUUUAUUUUCAUUGGUUGUAGUGUAGCCAGUGACGACACAUGUAUCUAACAGGCUUAGCUGUUGACUACAAAAAAAUGGGGUAUGUGGGAUUGUUUAAGUGGUGCUUACUUAGGUGACCCCUUAAUAUAACCAGGACUAUCCCAAAAUUCAAUUGUAUUGAAUAGUUGCCAGCAUGUUGUGUCCCCUCUGUCACAAAAGAUUUGUGUAUCCCAGUGGCAAAUAUAAACAUUAACCAUAAAACUGAAGAUGUUGGAAAUAUACUGCAGGUCAUUUGCCUGAAAGAGAAAGGUAAGUUAAUGUUUUAUGUUGGAAUCAACCUGAAAUGUUAAUUUUUCACUUUCCACAGCUCAAUGACCUGCUGUGUAUUUCUCUCUUUCUCACAUUUCCUUUAUUGUCCAUCAUUGUUGAUUACACAUACUUAUGGCACAAUUAUCUUUAAGAACUUCAGAUUUCUAAUCAGAUAGGGAAGGAAUUGCCGUGGUUUCAACACAAAGUAAAUGUCCACCACCUUUGCUUAAGUUUAUUUAUUUCAAUGAACUUAACAUUGGUGCCAACAGAAAUUGAGGGGUAUUAAGUAAUUUUAUAAUAUUUUCCCCUGUUGGCCUGCAUUGCAUUUCAUUAGUUAUGUAGACCUUCCAACUUGAGGCUGAGACUCGCCGAGCAGAACUACAAGAAAUCGUGUCAUUCCAGUUGACGAGGCUACUUGAGUUUUGGAAACUAUGUCAGUACUGCAAAUCGUGCAUUUUUGCAGUUGAAAGUUGUUUUCAACAUUUGUCUUUGUGAACAAUUUUAGAUCAUGAUAGACGGAAUUUAACUCAUUUGCCAAUUGAUGUUUUUUUCCCUAGUUUGUAUAUUACACUAUUAUGUUGUUUCUCACCCGAAUAAAGUGGAAAAAGACAAA